CACCGACAGCGUUCUCAAUUCACCAUUCCAUCACAACAUCCUGCUCCGUCCCCAAUUCGGAAACCGAGCAAUUUGCGCAAACCUUUCGACCUUUACCUUCCGAAACACACUUAUAGCUCGUUUCCCUGACGUCAAGGGAGCUACGCCAGGAUGGCGCUCGACGAGUACUACCACAACAAGAUCGAGGCGAUGAAGCUCGAGAUCCUCAAGGGUCAAGCCGCGCUUCGUCGUCUUGAAGCCCAGAGAAACGACUACAACUCCCGAGUACGAUUGUUGAGAGAAGAGCUGGGUCUGCUGCAACAGCCCGGAUCCUAUGUUGGUGAGGUCGUCAAGGUUAUGAGCACCAAGAAGAUUCUCGUCAAGGUGCACCCAGAAGGCAAAUAUGUUGUCGACGUGUCGGACAGCGUCGAUGUCGCCAAGCUCACUCCCGGAAAGCGAGUUACUCUACUAUCUGAUAGCUACAAACUCGAAAAGAUGCUACCUUCGUCCGUCGAUCCCCUCGUCUCUCUCAUGAUGGUGGAGAAGGUUCCCGACAGCACAUACGACAUGAUUGGUGGGUUGGACCAACAAAUCAAGGAGAUCAAGGAAGUUAUCGAACUGGGUCUCAAGCACCCUGAACUCUUCGAGUCUCUUGGUAUCGCACAGCCCAAGGGUGUUUUGCUAUACGGUCCUCCCGGUACAGGAAAGACGCUACUUGCGCGAGCCGUUGCUCACCACACUGCUUGUAAAUUUAUCCGAGUAUCAGGUUCUGAGCUGGUGCAAAAGUAUAUCGGUGAGGGUAGUCGAAUGGUGCGAGAGCUAUUUGUUAUGGCUCGAGAGCACGCACCAUCGAUCAUCUUCAUGGAUGAAAUCGACAGUAUUGGAUCCUCGCGAGUGGAGGGCUCUUCGGGCGGAGACUCCGAAGUGCAGCGAACCAUGCUGGAGUUGCUGAACCAGCUUGAUGGUUUCGAGCCCACCAAGAACAUCAAGGUCAUCAUGGCCACCAAUCGUCUCGAUAUUCUCGACCCCGCUCUCUUGCGACCAGGACGUAUCGACCGAAAGAUCGAGUUCCCCCCGCCUAGUGUUGAGGCCCGAGCGGAUAUUCUCCGUAUUCACAGCCGAAAGAUGAAUUUGACCCGUGGUAUCAACCUCACCAAGAUUGCCGAGAAGAUGAACGGAUGUUCUGGUGCCGAACUCAAGGGUGUGUGCACAGAAGCUGGUAUGUACGCUUUGCGUGAGCGCAGAGUGCACGUCACACAAGAAGACUUUGAGCUUGCUACAGCAAAGAUUCUCAACAAGCACGACGACAAGGAAGUGUCUCUCGGAAAGCUCUGGAAGUAAGAAAACAGCGGCAAGGGGCGUUCUUUUAUUCAUUCAUCUUCAUAUCGUCUCUGCUGUUGGUUCACCUCCUGGGUUUACAAUAGAGCCUGGUUCGUUCAUAGAUGGGUUGGGUUAUAACAGCGGGAGUGGAGUUGUAAGGAUAGUAAAUUGUACCAUAGCGGAAACAAUCAUAUGAAGCUACACGAGCA